AUGUGGUGUGUCGUCGUCCCUCUCGUCCUCCUCUCAGUGUUGUUGUUCCCGGUGACGCGGCGGAGGUGUAGCCUGACGCGGGCUCUUACGUGUCGGCUGAAUAAAAGUGGAGCUCCGGAGCCCGAGUGACGAGGCGGUGAGUCGGUUACAGAUGAAGAUGGAGGCCGGAGCGGAGACUCUGCAGGCCGGGGACACGGUGGCUGUCUCCGAGUCUGAGGCCCAGCACAUCACCCUGGCCCAGGCCACCGGGGGUUCCACCGUCACCCUGGUGCAGCUUCCCAACGGGCAGACGGUGCAGGUGCACGGGGUGAUCCAGGCUGCUCAGCCCUCGGUGAUCCAGUCCCCUCAGGUCCAGACCGUCCAGAUCUCCACGGUUGCUGAGAGCGAGGACUCCCAGGAGUCUGUGGACAGCGUCACCGACUGUCAGAAGAGGAGAGAGAUCCUGUCCAGACGACCGUCCUACAGGAAGAUCCUGAACGACCUGUCGUCGGACCCCCCCGCCGUGCCCCGAAUCGAGGAGGAGAAGUCCGAGGACGACUCGGCCCCCACCAUCACCACCGUCACCAUGCCGACGCCCAUCUACCAGACCAGCAGCGGCCAGUACAUCGCCAUCACGCAGGGCGGGGCCAUCCAGCUGGCCAAUAACGGCACAGAUGGGCUGCAGACUCUGACCAUGGCCAACGCCGGGGGCCAGUCGGGCGCCACCAUCCUGCAGUACGCCCAGACCAGCGACGGCCAGCAGAUCCUGGUGCCUAGCAACCAAGUGGUCGUACAAGCUGCUUCUGGAGACGUCCAGGCGUAUCAGAUCCGCACGGCGCCCACCAGCUCCAUCUCGUCCGGCGUGGUGAUGGCUACCUCGCCCACUCUGGGCUCAGGGGGAGGAGCCCCAGAGGAGGUCACGCGUAAAAGGGAGGUCCGGCUUAUGAAAAACAGAGAAGCGGCUCGCGAGUGUCGCCGGAAGAAGAAGGAGUACGUCAAGUGUCUGGAGAACCGCGUGGCCGUGCUGGAGAACCAGAACAAAACCCUCAUCGAGGAACUGAAAGCCCUCAAAGACUUGUACUGCCACAAAUCAGAGUAGAGCCGUCACCAGGAGCCCCGCCCCCCCCACCCGCACAGAGACUCAGCUCCUGGAAGCCGCCGCCCCUUUUCUACUCUUUGCUUUCUUUAUAAAGACUGCGGUAAAUCUGUAAAGUGACUCACCAGGAUUACAGCAACAUGACACGCCCCUCUCUUCUCCCGGCGCCGGUUUUAAAUCCCACACCUCCCCCCCCCCCCCCCCCGGGCUGACGGCAUGGAAGCAGACCUCGACUCCACGGGGUCCUCGCGGUGAAGUGGUGGAACGGACAAUGAGGCGUGUUUUGCCUCACGCCGCCAAAGGGAAGCGUUCCAGUCCCUGGACGAAUCGGGCGACAUCACCAGCAGCGGGGGGGAACUGCUCGAUCACGUCACCACGACGACGACGACCACGGACAUUUUUACACUUUCACACCCCCGAGGCGUUCUGAAGUCUCGGUUUCCUUUUGUGUGCGACGUUUGUAAUCGUAACUGAGCUCUCACAUUAAUUAACACCUGUUACUUACUAAUGCUUUGAAGUAUAGAUUGGCUGCGUCAUGGAUAUUUUAUCUUUUGGUUUACGUGUAAGAUUCUCUGCUCUGAUGAUGCCAUUUACUUUCUGUUAAACUCGUGUUUACCUUUUGCCUUUAUUCAUGAGAACUGAAAACCGACCGUCGGGUUGUGACAUUCGGUUCGUGUUCGCUGCAGCUUUAAGAAACGUGGUUAUGGCUGGAGGACGUGGACGGCACUGAAUCUGGAAAUCCCACGUGUAAAAACCCCCUGAUAUCCACGUGUUCUCAGCCAUAACCGAUUUCAUAUUACAACCAACUUCUAAAUUAAACUGAGAAGCGGAUCGAUUUGAAAAGUCGGAGUUUGUUCCCAGUAACUUACAGACACUUCUGACUUGUAUUUUAUCUGCCUCCUGUUGGUAAAAAAUUUGUAAACUUGUUGCUUGUGCAAAUAUUGUUUAAACAAAAUUCUUAUUUUUAAA